AUGUGAUGGCUAUGUGGAUAUUGACGUGGAUAAUAUAUUGAGUUUUCUGUUUUGUGUCAUGAAAAAGUUUUAGUUUCUUUUCAUUAGGGAAGUGAAAAUGAGCGAAUUCAGGAUACAUCAUCACGUCUCGGAGCUUUUGGGCUUGUUGGGUGCUAGUUCUGGGGAUGGUCCUGAAGUUUAUGCUGAGAUGUUAACCAAGAACUUAACACCUUAUGUGACAACCCAGGUUUCAACCCAUGCAGCCAAAAAGAAGAUUGCUGAAACUAGUACUAUGCCAAGGGACUUUUUGAAAAAAUAUGAUGAACUGAAGUCUAAAAAUGUUAGAGAACUUGAUCCGUUGGUUUAUAUGCUAUCACGACUGGCUGAGGAUAAACAGAUGUUGACUUUCCUUGAAAAGAACUCCAAGGAACGUUCCAAGGCACGUCUGGGAGCUGUUUCUGCUGGAGCCAAGUCAAAUGCUAUGGCAGCAGCUGAGGCCAUACUAGAUGGUGUGCCUGCAUCAGGCACCAUGUCCCAAACUGAGGUUAAUGAGCUUCGUACCAAACUUGCCUCUGUAACAAGUAGUGCCAGUCAAUCAGGUUCUUCACCUGAAGCUGUACUGAAGGCUUUAAGAGAGAAACAAGCCAGGAGAACUGGGAAUUUACCACCGACACCAUCCUGGGUCAGUGAGCGGCCUUACUUAAGCAGAGAUUAUGUUUCUGGGCCAGGCAUCAGUCAUUCCACGACACCUGUAUCGAUUGGAACAUUGCCUCUACCAAUGCAGGAGCUAGCUAUAGUUGAAGAUCUCUUAUUUCUUAUGAUGGGUGUAGAGGGAAAAUAUCUGCUUGUCAAACCUCUCAAGGACAAGUUUAGUGCAAGGAGUUUCACCAUUGACAAGACACUAGAAAUAUCAUUAUUGGAACUGGUGCAAAGGAUCCUACCAGUAUGUUCUCACUAUUCAACUAUCUGUAGAUUCAUGGAAGCUAAAUCAUCUUUUGAACAUGGCCUUGUUAACCAUGCCUUGUGUGCAGCCAUGAGGACAUUAUUGAAGGAAUACCUCAUUCUUGUAGCACAACUGGAACAUCAGUUUAGAUUAGGACAGCUGUCACUACAAAAGUUGUGGUUUUACAUCCAGCCAUGUAUGAGAACAAUGGAGAUAUUGUCAUCCAUAGCAGUGGCAAUUGAUAAGGGAAGCUGUAAAGGAGGUGCUGUACUGACAUUGUUACAUGAAAAGACUGUGGGAUACACAGGGGACAAUAAAUCACAAGACCUUUGUUUGUUCCUCACACAGGCUGCUUGUGUUCCGUAUUUUGAUAUUCUUNACUAUGCAGGUCAAAACGUGCAGUGCCCAAAUGCUGAUGAGAUCAUCUACACUCUUCAUGAGAGAGAAUAUGUGGAAAAAAUUGAAAAAGCUUACAGUUAUGCUAGCAAGACCUUGUUGGAUCUGCUCAUGGAUGAACGGGCAUUAAUGGCUAGACUAAGGUCCAUCAAGCAUUACUUUCUCAUGGAUCUUGGAGAUUUCUUUGUUCAGUUCAUGGAUCUGGCUGAAGAUGAGAUGAAGAAAAACAUGGAUGAUAUAAUGCCUUCGAGACUAGAAACGUUGUUAGAGCUUGCUUUACGAACAAGCACAGCCAACAGUGACCCAUAUAAGGAUGACUUGAGAGUUGAUUUGCUUCCAUAUGAUCUCAUCACUCAACUGUUUCGCAUCUUGUCUGUGGCAUAUGACAGUAGAGGUGCAACAGCUUAUAAUCAAGAUCCAACAGAGCUUCAGAUUUCAGGACUUGAAGCAUUCUCAUUCGAUUACGUGGUGAAAUGGCCCGUGUCAUUAAUUUUAAGUAAAAAGGCCUUGACGAAGUACCAGAUGCUGUUUAGACAUUUGUUUUAUGCCAGACACGUGGAAAGGCAACUAUGCAAUGUUUGGGUUAGCAACAAGCGAGCAAAGCAGUUUACGUUGAACUCUUCACCAUGGUAUGCGGCUGCGUUUGCUUUACGUCAGCGGAUGCUACACUUUGUACAAACCUACGAGCACUACAUGAUGUUUGAGGUCCUGGAACCCAGCUGGCAUAUCAUGGAGAAAAGCCUCAAAACGGUAACAAAUAUUGAUGGUGUUCUGGAGAACCACAACGAUUUUCUGGACCGUUGCCUGAAGGACUGUAUGCUUACAAACCUAGAACUGCUUAAGGUUGUGAGCAAGUUGAUGUUGGUGUGUGUGACCUUCACGAAUUGUAUGCAGCGGUUUACCCAGAGCGCAACCGUAGAGUCACAAGAGAGUGAUGCUCCAGGAGUGAGUCCAAUGAACAAGAAAGGCCCGCCACCCAGAGAACAAGAGAAGAGGAGAACAACUGCUAAGAUUGUCUCUGAACAUGUGGACAAAAUGAUCAGUGGCGAGGAUUUUGAGCGCACCAUUCAGAACUUCGACAGCAAUUUUUCUCUACACCUGAUGGAUUUGCUGGAGAAGCUGAGCCACUACUCUACAAUAGACUGUGAACAUCAGAUGUUGAAUAUUAUCGCUAGGCUUGAUCAUAAUGGAUAUUACACUGCUCAACUCGAGAAAAAGGCAGCUGAAGAUACGAGUAGUGCCAGUGGAUCCUCGGCAUCCAAGACCUUGCUCAAGUCCUCCUCCUCGUCUUUGCUAUCAGCAUCAACUGAGAAUGUGGCAGAUGGUACUUUGGUGACAGCUCCAACGCGCUCAGCGGUUUCUGUAGAUCUGUUCCCAGGUGCAAAGAGCCAUUUAGUAAAACCAGUCUCCCUUUCUGACUUGUCAAACGGCAAAGGAAACAAAAAGUAACGUUUCAAAGUGAAGUGAGCGAGUGGUGAUGCUACAGGCCAAAUACAUAUGAACAGUAGAAGUUAUUUAGUUUCACGUUGGUAAAGAAGAUAUGCGACUUCUUGUAAAUACGAAAGAUUUAAUUUAAGUAGUAGUAUUUAAGUAGUGAUGAGAAGUUACCGGUGAUACAACAUAUGGAAAGCCUGUCAUCUAUGUUAUCAGAAUCAAAUCAGAGCUAUCGCUCCCCUUCUUACAGCAAUGGAAGGGAUUAUCGGAAGGAAUUAUGGAAGGAAUCAGAGCUGUGAACAAGAAAAGAGACAAGGCACUCCCUCUCUUAGCUUUUCCCGAAAUUCUGAUUUGUAUUGUUUGUAGGUUUUAUAAACAACAUAAUGGAGUUUUGUAUUCUUUAAAGAAACUUAACACUUAACGCAGUACAAAAAUGCGGACAAUGUUGCCGUGCGCUCAUUUAUGCUUCUCUGGGAGAUACAUUACUUGCAACAAAUUUCGGACGGUUUUAAUUUCGGACAAAAGAAUGUGUUCGAAAAUAAAACCGUCUGAAAUAUUUGCAAUACGUUAUAAAACUUUGAAAAAGCUCCAAAGCUCUUGUUGAGACACUAUUUGACAUACUUAACAGCUUGAUAGAAUUUGUGUUAUUUUCUCGUCAGUGUAGUCGUAAAACCUUGAUGGUGCAGGAAAACUAUGAUUUUUUCACAGAUGUUGUUUCAGUCUGAUGCGUGUUUUGUAGGCUUUAAGUGUCGGCAAAGUGUCCGAAAUUUGAUUAAAAAAAGUGUCCGAAAAUUGAACGUCCGAAAUCUUAA